UUUUGCUAGUUUUCUUACCCAUACACAUGCCGGGGUAUAAAUUAGAGGGCCUUAAUUUUCUGAAUAUGCUCCGUACAUGCUUUGCUGUUGCAAGUUGUGCUUGCGAAAUUUAAAAAAGUUAUUUGACUUUCGACUUUCGAGAGGUAAUUCAAAUUGUUUUUCUUUCUGCAGAUCGGUGUCCGUGUUUAUGUGUUUGUGUAGUUCGCUGUUGGCCGCUGCAUUUCUAGAAAUUCUAAAAAUGGGUUCGUCCGAAAACCUGAGUCUGGAUGAUUUGUUCAACGAAGUGCUCCGCGCCGAGAAGCGUAUCCGUCCGCAUUUUCCAAAUAAGACACCGGUGAUUACGAAUGAAGAUGCCGAUGCCAUUUCCGGAAAGCAAAUAUACUUCAAGUGCGAGAACCUGCAGAAAACGGGAGCAUUUAAGGCUCGAGGAGCAUUAAAUGCUAUCCUGGCUCAUCUGGAAAAAGAUCCGAAAUUGAGCGGAGUUGUUACCCACAGCAGUGGAAAUCACGGACAAGCUCUGGCAUGGGCGGCGAAACGAUGUGGGAUCGCCUGCACGGUGGUGGUGCCGGAAGGAACACCGUCCGCUAAGAUCGGGCUGAUUAAGAAGUACGGCGCUGAGUGCGUGGUCUGUCCUCCCACACCGACGGCCAGGAAAGAAACCUGCGCUCGCAUUGCCAAGGAGGAGAACAAAGUGGAAGUGCCGCCCUACGACGAUCUGUUGGUUAUCGCCGGCCAGGGAACGAUCGGGUUGGAGCUGCUGGAGCAGGUGCCGGAUGUGGAUAUGGUGAUAAUGCCCAUUUCCGGUGGUGGCAUGACGUCCGGUGUAUCCAUUGCUUUCGCAAAAAUGCAUCCUACCACGCAGGUGUGUCCAGUAGAACCCGUGGGCAAGGACCUGCAGCGCUGCCUAUCUUCCGGACAACGCCUGUGGCCCAAUCCCCCACAGUUCCUGCCCACUCUGGCAGAAGGCAUUCGCAUGCAGCAGCCGGGCGACAUUACCUUCCCGUUGAUGUGCCAGUACACGGCCCACACUGUUUUCACUGUGACAGACGCCGAGAUGGUGGCCGGCAUGAAGUGGGCCUGGCAGAAUCUGAAGCUGGUCAUUGAGGUCAGCGCGGCGGCCGGUGUGGCCGUUGUGCUGUCGGAGAGCUUUCGCAGUGUGCCGGGUCAUAAGGUGGCCGUAGUGUUGAGCGGCGGUAAUUGCACGGUGGACACGCUGUUAUGGGCGUGAAUUGAAUUUGUUCGGUUAAAGGCAUUAUUGAUUUUUUAUAUUUAAUUAGUGGAUUCCUUUCUUCACUUCUCCGGUGAGAUUGGCGGUUUUUGCUUGGUUGAAUCGAGGAAUUGUUGGCGCACUUAGGUGAAUUAAACGUAAUUUGGUUUA